AUGAGUUCCGAUUGUACGAGUUAUGUGAACGCUGAAAAGGUGCUGGUGAGCGCUUUUAGUUGCCCCCGGGACGAUGGCGAAGCGAGCGCGGUCUAUUGCUGCGGCUUCCAGGACGUCAAAUACUGCUGCGAUGACCCAAACAGCUUUUUCCCCUAUGAGCACAGCUACAUGUGGUGGCUCAGCAUUGGAGCGCUUGUUGGCUUGUCAGUCGCAGCAGUGGUCCUGCUGGCUUUUAUCAUCACUGUGUGUGUUCUCUGUUACUUGUUUAUCGGAACGAAGCCACGCAGCAAACUGGAUACAGGCUUAAACUUAAGCUUACAGACAGCAGGCCCACAGGAAAUGACCCCUGACUGCCAGUAUCAAUCUGUUUGUUUAGCGGAGCAAGCAGUUGGACUUUAA